UACACAUCUUCUCUCAUCCACACUAUCCAUUAUGGCCCUAUUCUUGGUCUUAAUUCUUUUAACUUAGAGUCCACCCAAAGAGAUUAGGAUUCAAUGUGAGAUGGGAUUUUUUGUUUUAAAAAAAAAUGUAUCUUUUUGUUAUUUGAAAAAAAAAACUUGAAUUUUUAAGGUGAAUCUCAUUCUGGAUGUUGGUAUUUGUACUCCUUUCAUUAGUUGUUAAGUGACCAUCUCUAUUGCUUUUUCUUUGUUUUAUUCAGGUGGAUCUAUUCAAAUAUUUGGUCUUUGUAAAAAUAUAAUCUUUUUUACUUUUCAUUUUGGCUCUUUCUUUGACUAGAUGUUCUUCAAUUUGCUUCUACCCUCAUUCUUGAAUUGAUAAUUAAUUGUAUUGGGGAAAGGAAAAUUAGUUGAAGAGGAAGAAGCAAAGUGGGGUUGGGAUGUUUGGGUCUGGCAUGAAUCUGAUAACCACAAUAAUUGGUUUUGGGAUGAGUGCAACUUUUAUUGUGUUUGUCUGUACUAGACUGAUUUGUGGUAGGAUAAGCAGGAGGCAAUCAAGGCAAAUGUUUGAAAUUGAAUCAGGGAUUGAUCUUGAACAGCCAGAGCAUCGAAUUAAUGGGCUUGACUCAGUUAUGGUUGCUGCAAUUCCGACCAUGAAAUUUCACAGUGAGGCUUUCACCUCCUCAGAAGAAGAUACACAGUGCAGUAUAUGCUUAUCGGAGUACCAGGAGAACGAAGUUCUGAGAAUUAUGCCCAAAUGUGGCCAUAGUUUCCAUCUUUCAUGCAUUGAUAUAUGGCUAAGAAAACAGUCUACCUGUCCAGUUUGUCGUCUUUCUGUACAGGAAUCUAUUGAAAACAAACAAAGGCGCCCUGCAAUGCUUGGCAGGGAUCAGAACUCUGAUAGUUCUGAAAUUUCAUUGGAGCAUUCAAGGCAGUGGUUUCUACGUACUGCUGAGCGGUCACAAGGUACUGUAAGUAACAGCAAUGAAGCAGUUUCUAUUUCAAUUAAUCCUGAACCUGAGGUCUCUCGGGAAGCAGAAGCAAGGUCAUGAUGAAAGGCAAUUAUAGAGGUACCACAAGAAAUUAUGCCUUCUGUUUGCAUUCAGAUGUUUCCUUGUAUCAGACCUAUCUUAUUGGAGACUGACAAAUGGGACUGAUUCUGAACAAGGAGAAUCUGAAGACACAGAGGAAGGACACAGAAACUUCUGUAGAUGAAUGUUACAUAUAACCGGUUAGAAGUUCUAGUUGCAAUCUUUUAGCAAUUCAGAGAUUUUGGACCAAGUUUGUGGUAUACUGGUUAACCUAUCAAAACACAGUGCAUCUUAUAUCAUGUUGUACAAUGUCAAAUCUUCUGUAAUAUCACUGUAAAGAAGGAGUUUGGAGUCUACGUUUUUCUUCAUAGACAUUACCAAAGUAGACGACGAACUAUAGUCUUAUUGAAAUGCUCUAGAAUUGGCUCAUUUGAUGGUCAUAUAUUCUGUAAGAAUAUGAGCCUCCAUACACCACUUUUAGUAAUUGACAGUCAAGCUAUGCUUAUAAGUAUUUACCUCA